AUGUACACGUCUGGGGUCGACAUGUGGUCGCUGGGGUGCAUCCUCGGCGAGCUACUCGGCGGCAAGCCGCUGUUCCCGGGUUCGUCGACGAUGAACCAGCUGACGAAGAUUGUGGAGGUCAUCGGACGGCCGACGCAGGAGGACCUCGACGCCAUCGACUCGCCAUUUGCGCGGACGAUGCUUGACCGGCUCCCGCCUGUGCCACAGAAGACACUGGCGGACAUCUUUCCGCGUGCGCCGUACGAGGCGCUCGAUCUCAUGCGGCGGCUGCUGCAGUUCAACCCCAACGCGCGCAUUUCUGCCGAGAACGCACUCAAGCACCCGUACGUGGCCGGCUUCCACAACGAGGCCGACGAGCCGACGCUCGAUCACAACAUCGUUAUUCCCAUCGACGACAACACCAAGUACUCGAUCCAGGAGUACCGCGACAAGCUGUACAAGGAGAUCACCAAGGCCAAGAAGCGAACGGCCGGCUCGUCGUCGUCACGGCCGGACGGAGCGUCGGCGUCGUCGUCGUCGUCGCGCCACAAGUCGUCGCGCCACAAGGGUAAGGAGAAGGCCAAGGACAAGGAUAAGGCCAAGGACAAGGACAAGUCCAAGUCCAAGGACAAGUCCAAGUCCAAGGACAAGGACAAAGACAAGUCGCGUCGGCGCGACACCCACGACGCCCCGCCGCCCUCGACCGAUGACAAGCGCAAGCGUCGCAAGUCCAAAGGCAAGUAG